AUGAACGCAGGUCGUUUCUUCUUUAAACAUGCUACAAAGGGCAUCUAAAUAUAAAAAUCUAUGUAACAUAAAUAAUCUUGGUCUAUGUCAAGCACUUCUUUCAUGAAGUAAGCUUUGCCUGCUCCUACUUAUUCAAAUUAUCUUGAGAAUGCUUUUGCAAAAAGUGAAAUCAUGCGCAAGACAGCAUUGAUUAACAUGAAUACCAAUAGAAUUUUCUUAGAGAAUGUUCACGAAAUGGGCUGCUUCAUUGAUCAAGAUGACUCUGAAGACAAUGAUGAUGACCAGCUAUCAACAAUACGAAAGUUGGGCCUUCUCAUUUGA